AGACAAUGCAUAGACAAGAAAUUUAUGAGCCGUCAAGUCAAGUCAACGAGAGUCGUCAAAUUCUAUAGUGCUUGUACAUAUUUUCAGUUUUCCGCCAAAGUCCAGAGUCAUUUAUCUAUAUUUGCCAAAAUGGCAGAAGGCCAGGAUGAUCCUAAAAAAAUUACAAUUACAGUAAAAACCCCAAAAGAAAAACAACAAGUAGACAUCGAAGAAGAUGCCGACAUUAGAAAAUUGAAGGAAGCGCUCGGACCGCGGUUCGGAGCGGAACCGGAGCAGCUAUGUCUUAUCUUUGCCGGAAAGAUUAUGAACGAUGCCGACACGCUGAAGCAGCACAACAUCAAGGACGGGCUGACAGUCCACCUCGUGAUCAAGACGCCGCCGCGGCCCGACCCGGAGGGCGGCCCGCGCCGACCCCCAGCUGAUAUUGGAGCUACUCCGUUUGGACUGAACUCAUUAGGAGGUUUAGCUGGGCUUGAGAGCCUGGGUCUUGGGCAGAGCACUUUUAUGGACUUGCAGGCCCGCAUGCAACAAGAGCUCCUGUCCAACCCGGACAUGCUGCGCCAGGUGCUGGACAACCCGCUAGUGCAGCAGAUGAUGAAUGAUCCCGAGAACAUGCGCACGCUCAUCACCUCCAACCCGCAGAUGCAGGACCUUAUGGCUAGGAACCCGGAGAUCAGCCACAUGCUGAACAACCCCGAGCUGCUGCGGCAGACCAUGGAGUUGGCGCGCAACCCCGCUAUGCUGCAAGAGCUCAUGCGCUCCCACGACCGCGCGCUAUCCAACCUCGAGAGUAUCCCGGGAGGCUACAACGCAUUGCAACGCAUGUACCGAGACAUACAAGAGCCCAUGCUGAACGCUGCCAGCAGUAUGGCCGGAAAUCCCUUUUCGGGGCUAGUGGAUAGUUCAGACGGUACGAACCCGCAGCAAGGCGCCGAGAACCGUCAGCCGCUGCCCAACCCGUGGCAGCGCGGCGGCGGCGGCGGAGGCGGCACGGGCGGCGCGGGCGCGGGCGCGGGCUCCGGGCCCGGCCUCAUCAACACGCCCGGCAUGCAGUCGCUGCUGCAGCAGAUGUCCGAGAACCCGCGCCUGGUGCAGUCCAUGCUGUCGGCGCCCUACACCAACAGCAUGCUGCAGGCGCUCGCCGCCGACCCCGACAUGGCCAGCCGGCUCAUCAACCAGAACCCCAUGUUCGCGAACAACCCCCAACUCCAAGAGCAGAUGCGAACCAUGAUGCCGCAGAUGCUCGCCCAGCUACAGAACCCAGAGAUGCAGCAGAUGAUGUCUAAUCCACAGGCGUUGAACGCGCUGCUGCAGAUCCAGCAGGGCAUGGAGCAGCUGCGCACGGCGGCGCCGAGCCUCGUCACCAACCUGGGGCUCGGCGUGGGCGCCGCCGCCGCCCCCGCCGCGCCGCCGCCGCCGGCCACGCCCGCCCCGCAGGCGCGCCAGCAGCAGAACGAGGAGCUCUUCUCGCAGUUCAUGCAGCGGAUGGUGGCCGCCAUGGCCAACAACCAGAACAACUCGUCGCAGCCGCCCGAGCAGCGGUACUCGCAACAACUCGAGCAACUGACGGCCAUGGGCUUCCUCAACAGGGAGGCCAAUCUACAAGCUCUAAUCGCGACAUUCGGCGACGUGAACGCGGCCGUGGAGAGGCUACUGGCGCUGGGGCAGCUGUCCAUGAGCUAACACCGCGGCGAGCGCACGUACACACACACAUAGGCCGCGCAUACAUACCGCUGCUCUCCUGGUACCAGCAACACUGUUAACUGACCAUUGGUGAACUUUAUGUCCUUGUGAUAACGUUUACGAAUUGUCAGUU